UAUUUCCUACUCAAAUACAAGAAUUCAGGGACUUUGCAACGAGCCCGCUUCCACGUACAGGGAAGCUUUGAUCGACGUUCAGAAGUCACCGAAACCUUCAGAACGCUCUGGGGGCACCGCGCAGGACGUCUCCAUACGAGGGCAGUGACCAUUUUGUUUCAGUGAAAGAGGACGAACACUCUAAUCCCAGAACAAAUGCGAAGACGAUUUUGACAGGUGAGGACGCCACAUCCGCGUUCCCCAAAGGACCAGUAGUCUUGCAGGGGAUCCGUAGGGCACCUACGCACCGGCGCGCUAACGCCCCGCCUUAAGGGUGAAGUCAGUUCGUGAGGGCGGAAGUGCGCCCGCCCGGAAGCUGGAGGGUGGAGCGAUGGGAAUGACGCGCAGGAGCGCCAAUGGAGUGCCGCGGCGGGCUUGUUGUCUUACCCCGGUGGGUAAGGGCUAACGGUUUCCGGUAGUGGUAGCCCCCCGAGAGGUGGGAGCAAAGAGGCGGGGACGCGUCCCGAAAGCCCGGACCCCUGCAGCGCCUGCGAGAUGAUGGGCUACGAGGCGUCCGAGUUGGAGUCUAUGGAGGGCGAAGAGGCCGUGGAGGCCCCGGGGCCAGCCCCGGAGCCGCGAGCCCCGGAGCCGCGAGCCCCCGAGCCGGAGCCCGAGCCGGGCUUGGACUUGAGCCUGAGUCCGAGCCCGUUGCCCGAGAGUCCGGAGCGGCGGGGCGGCAGCCCGGGACGGCGGAAGGGGCGUCGGGGCGGCAGCCGGAGGGGGCGGCAGGUUCGUUUUCACCUGGCGCCGGCCUCCCCGGUGCGGUCCGAGCCGCUGCUCGCCUCCGGUGCACCGAACGACGAUUCCGCGGCACCGCACGAGCUGGAGGCGCCGGCCCUGCAGAGCAGCCUGGCUUUGAGUCUGGAGCUGCAGCAUGCGCGCGCCGCCGUCGCCAGCGGCCAGUUUGAUGCCUCGAAGGCGGUGGAGGAGCAGCUGAGAAAGUCGUUCCAGACCCGCUGCGUCCUGGAGGAGACCGUGGCGGAGGGCUUGAACGUGCCGCGCUCUAAGCGACUCUACCGAGACCUAGUGAGUCUGCAGGUGCCGGAGGAGCAGGUUCUGAACGCGGCGCUGAGGGAGAAGUUGGCGAUGCUGCCGUCGCAGCCCCGAGCCCCGCCCCCGAAGGUGAAGGAAGGGAUCGGGGACCUGGCUUCCUCCCCCGGGCUCUCUUCCUCAAUCCGGAAUGUAACCUUGCAUUGGGCCUCACCUUCCCCACAGGAGGUGCUCGGGCAGGGGCCAGACAUGACCAUGCUGUGCAACCCAGACUCGCUCUGUUACGAAUCUCCGCACUUGACAGUGGACGGGCUGCCCCCGUUAAGGCUUCAAGCCCGGCCCCGCCCUUCAGAAGAUACCUUUCUCAUGCAUCGGAUGCUGAGGCGCUGGGAAGCGUAGCCCCCACAACUCCCCGUAGUUGCCAGUCUGUACUUUCGUUAAAACUGUUUCAUCAUAGAAUAAAGUUUUUAUUUUUC